AUGUUCGGAACUUGGAAGUACGAUCCUGAGACAGAUGAGGUCCAGAGCGUUCGCAACGGCUUCGACCCUGUCACGGCCCGCUCCAGUUCCCACCAGGCAUGCGAUAGAUGCCACGAGAAGAAGCUUCGAUGCAGUGGAGACAAGAACGGCUGCGAACGGUGUCACACCAACAGUCUUCGUUGCGAGUACACCCGUUCAGGCUCCAAGUCUUCCAAGAAGAAGAGCCAUCGCAAGUCCACAGACGAUGAGAGCGCCUCAGGCUCAAGCUCUCGUCGAGGGGGCAGUUCCUCUAAGCGCUCGAGCAAGCACCACAGCCACGCAGGACAUAUAGUAACCUCAAGAGAGGAAGCUGGAGGUCAUCUGAGCCAAUUCGACUUCUCACAGCUCAGCCCAGAAGAUGGUUUCGACCUGAACCUCCUAUCUGGUGCUGACCAAAGCGGAGGCUAUGCCACGGCUGGACCAUCGGGAGACCAAUACAGCAUGCAAGCAUAUGACGCCAACUACCAACAGCAGUGGGAUGCGACAGCAUACUCUCAGUACGGAGCACAAGCUCAGUACGGUCAAGGCUAUUCGAACGAGAGCUGGGGCGAGUAUGAUCAAAGCGUUUACUCGCAGGAUCCGCGAUAUUACUCCAGUGGACGCUGA